CAUUUUCAUUUUCUUCCGCUCUGUUAGAAAGUUGGCUGAUUCUCCGAUUCUACAGGCAGGUCAACUCCGAUCACCAACCGCCCGGCGAGACAUGUCAGCAGUAGGGGCUUCUUCUUCAAUGGCGCAAGCUAUGCUUGCACCUCGAUCAUCGAUGGCGCCGUUUAGUCUCCGUUCUUCUUUGCCUCAUCUUCAUCUUCUACCUCGUUCAGCUUCUUCGCCGUUGACACAUUCCUCUAAGCUCCAAACCUCAGCAUCCAAGAGAUCAUUAUCAUAUCGCAUCAAGGCAUCUUCAGAAGAUACAUCUGAAACUUCAGAAAUUGGGGAGGUAUUCUCGGGAUUAAAGGAAAAGUGGAAUGCACUUGAAAACAAACCCAUUGCUCUUGUCUAUGGAGGAGGGGCAGUUGUUGGUGUUUGGUUAUCUUCCACAGUUCUUAAUGCCAUCAAUGAGGUUCCUGUGAUCCCAAAGUUCUUGGAACUUGUAGGAUUUGGAUACACUGGAUGGUUUAUCUAUCGUUAUCUUCUCUUUAAGUCAACUAGAAAAGAACUAGCUGAUGAUAUUGAAGCAUUGAAGAAGAAGAUUAUUGGAAGUGAAUAGAGGAUUGUAAUUGGUAACAUGUUUCUAUGUCCAUAUUUAGUUUAUAUUAUUAAUUUGAAAGUUAUUUAUAUGCAUCCUUCCACCAUGAUGCUUGAUAAUGUGCACAUUGUGUAGUGUGAAGUGUUUUCAUAUGUUGUAUCAAUUGUUUUCAUGUAUUUGAUCCUGUUGUA